AUGGAAGCCUCCGCCUUGCAGCUCCUUAUACCGAUAGGACCCCCUUCAAUCUCAAAGGAAUAUCUCGAUCAAUUCCGAAGAAAACAUCCCGAGAUCAAAUACCUUCGGUUCCAAUGGCAAGACUAUUCGGGUAUUCUCCGGGGACGGGUUAUCCUUAUAGAUACAGCCAUAGUCCAGAUUGCUAACGGGAGCCCCCUUAAGGCCACCGGGAUGGCACUGGGUAUCUGUGUUGCAAAUAAGUUAAUUCCUAUGGUCCCCUUCGACGGCUAG